CUGAAGCCCCGAAAAAAAAAGGGGGCAAUAGUAAAGUCUAAAAAUGGCCAACAUUCCUGCUAACGUGAGCCAAAAUGACCCUUCUAGACCCGCUAAUGUGCGCCGGGAGGAGACCACUCUAAGCUGUAAUACUUCAAGUCCUACAACCACCACCACGUCACCGAUAUCGGAGGGGUUUUCGGGUCAAUCCGGAUCGCCCAGUCCUACUCAGCACCCGAAAUAUCGUGGGGCUCGGAGCCGGAGCGGGAAAUGGGUAUCCGAGAUACGCCAGCCUCGUAAACCCACGCGCAUUUGGCUCGGCACGUUCCAGACGCCGGAGAUGGCGGCGGCUGCGUAUGACGUGGCGGCGUUGGCUCUGAAGGGGCCCGAUACGGCCCUGAACUUCCCGAAUUCGAUUCUUUCUUAUCCGAUACCGGCCUCGAUGUCGCCCAACGACAUACGCGCGGCGGCGGCGUGCGCAGCGGAGGCUAGGCUGCAUAGAUCGUCGGAGGGUAGUAGCAGCGGUCAGGAAACGACAUGUCGUAGACGUAGUGAGGAAGAGUUUGUAGACGAAGAUGCGUUAUUGAAUAUGCCGAAUUUGCUGGUGGAUAUGGCAGAAGGGAUGCUUGUAAGCCCUCCCAGGAUUCAGUCAAAGUCGUCUUCUGAUGAAUCUGGUGGUGAUGGUAAUGUAGACGGAGAUGGGUUAUGGAGUUAUUCAUAAACUAAAACCCUAUGCUCUAUGAAAAUUCGAGUUGUAUUUGUUGUAUUUUUCUGCUGUAUUGUAUAUUGUGUGUGUGUUUUACUUUGCUUUGCUUUGCUUUUGUUCUUGUUCUUUGUUCUUGUUUUUUCAAACUAGCUAUCGGAUGAGAUUCCUGCUUGUGCUGGGUUUGUAACUUUGAACUGGUACAACGUUGUCCGUAGUUAGCUUGCUAGAAGAAUUAUUAGAUGCUUUUUGCUUCUAAGAUCUAUCUUUGUGGGGCUGUUUGUGUUGUUGUGUUUAUAUAUGUUAAGGUACUCCUAUG